UUAAUGAGCCAAUGAGCACCCAUCUGGAGGCGUGACUGGGCAGGCAAGCAAAGACAAUCACGCAGCUAAAACAGACAUCUAGCGUGGAGCUCUCGUGCUCGUUGAGUAUUUUUUUAGAGAAAUUAAAUACAGCAGGGACCAACAAGCGUAGCAGUAGUUCUGUUAAUUCAAUAUUCGGAGUACCUUUAACGGACAUAGCCCAGGUGAUUUGUUUGUCUUGUCCGCUGUGACAUGUAAAUUAGUCGUGAAAAUAUUUGGCAGUUUUCUGUCUGGGAGAACUACGUCUGAAUCAUUGGUUCAUUUAUCUACUGAUAUAUACGAGAUUACUAUUUUAGUAAAACCCAACCUGAAGCAGUGAGUUAUUUCUAUAUUGUAGAAUGGGUGAUUGCUUCUGUUACCUAACUGCUACAUUGCGAAGUGGCAAGAAGUGUACCUUGAACAACUGACAGUGAUCAGGCAUUUCAGUUCCAAAUCUGGCUAGAUCGUUGCAGUUUGCAAUGCUUUUUACUUUGUAAAACUUUGGAUCCUUAUCAUCUUUAAUUUUGGAAAUCCAAAGCAUGCUGCAAAUUUGAGGUGCCACGGAACGGAAACGGUAGGAAAGCAGUAGUGGUUGGCAGGAAAGAGAACUAAGUGUACCCUUGAGAAAAGCCAUCUUCUUGCAAACAUAACAUCGUAUUGGGGAGCGUACAUUUGGCUGGAUUACUUGCUUUUUUAGAAAAUCUGGUGGCACUGCAGUUGCACAUGCCCGAACUUGCAAACUGUUGCUACCUGAACAUUUGAGUGUGCAGGAGGGAUGGUUUUGUUCCAUUAUGGGACAGCUGCGCGUGUUUAUGUAGGAUGAGCACCAGAGGAAGCCCAGUCAAGGCGUAUGAUUUCCUGCUGAAAUUCUUGCUGGUCGGGGACAGUGAUGUUGGAAAAGGAGAGAUAUUGGCAAGCCUUCAGGAUGGAGCAAGCGAGUCUCCCUAUGGUUACCAUAUGGGCAUCGAUUAUAAGACCACAACUAUUCUGUUGGAUGGACGAAGGGUAAAACUGCAGCUGUGGGACACAUCAGGACAGGGGAGAUUCUGCACAAUUUUCCGAUCCUACUCCAGGGGUGCACAGGGUGUUAUCUUGGUGUAUGACAUUACAAAUCGCUGGUCAUUUGAUGGCAUUGAUCGCUGGAUCAAGGAGAUUGAUGAGCAUGCUCCAGGUGUGCCUAAAAUCCUAGUGGGGAAUCGCCUUCACCUUGCUUUUAAGAGGCAGGUGUCAACUGAACAAGCCCAAGUGUAUGCUGAGCGUCUUGGUAUGACGUUCUUUGAAGUUAGCCCACUGUGCAACUUCAACAUCACAGAAUCUUUUACAGAACUGGCAAGGAUAGUGUUAAUGAGGCAUGGGAUGGAUCGACUCUGGAGGCCAAAUAAAGUGCUGAGUCUGCAGGACCUCUGCUGUCGAGCAAUUGUUUCCUGUACUCCUGUUCACCUUGUUGACAAGCUCCCACUCCCUGUUGCCUUAAAAAGUCAUCUCAAGUCAUUCUCCAUGGCCAAUGGCCUAAAUGCCAGGAUGAUGCAUGGGCGCUCCUAUUCUGUCACACCUGGUAACAGCAGUAAAAGAGGCAGCCUGAAGAAGGCCAAGAUCAUCCGUCCCCCACAAAGUCCACCACCUCAGAGCUGCACUCGAAACAGCUGUAAAAUCUCUUAGCCACAGCACUAAAGACAUUUAUUCACAGAUACAAAAAUGCCCCGACUGGGAAAAUAUGUAUGCUGAUAGAUGGGAUAUUUCCUAAUGGAACAAUUUUUUUGUGUUAAGUAAAUGUAUGAUAAGGAAAGGACUUUCUGGGUUUCCUCAGAAUAAUAAUGCUGCUUACUGAUGGUUUUAGAGUGACAUUUCCUUUAUGGAAAUCUUAAACAGAAUUUGUAAAAGUGUAUGUGUGCAUGUAAGUGUGUGUGUGAGUGUGUGUGUGUGUAAAUAUGCUCAUAUUUAUGCAGAUAGCAUGAAUACUGAAUUGAUUUCAUAAUGCUGAUAUUUGAGCUGGUGUUUACAUGAAUGUAUUUUAUGUACAUAAUGAAUAUGUCUUCAUUUUGUAAAGAGAGCUGUGUUGCCUUGCAUUUCUGCAGUAGCUAGCUUGCUGUUUCUUAGAGCCUGACCUCUCCACUAUUCAACUCUGGUUUUCCAAAGCUUGAGCAGUAGAAAAAAUAGCCUCUUCCAGAUCAUGCAGUGUUAAAACAAUGCUAAUCCAUUUCAUUUUGCCUUGCAGCAACACAAACUAACUCAAGCAUUUCCUGUUUUUACUGUAUUUCAAUGCCAUCAGCUGCAGCUGCUUAUUUCUUACAUCUGAUUACUGUUCCACAUUUCCUCCCAUGCCGCAUCUCUUGGGCGAGCAUUACCCUCUAAAUGUGACCUCAUAUGCAUUAAGUAAAUAAAGUUAGCAUUCUCAGAUGAAGUUUUCAUUUGCUUACAUCACUCUCGAGCUGUGUUCCAGAUGUUUUUGGACAGCCAGCUGCUCUUGCUGCCAAUUCUACUCUCAAAGAGUAGUCCUGACUUUAAAACAUGCAAAGCUUACUGUAAAUGUCCCUUUCCAGCUUAAGUGUAAUCCAAGGAUCAAGUGGUCCCUGUUUACUUGCUGCAUGUAUAAUGCUGCCAUUUUAACUAGAAUGUUUUGAAAUGCAUCUUGUUGCUUUAAUGAAAAGGGGUAUUUCACUGCUUAAUGCGGUACUGCAUCCAUAUAGUGCACCCGUGCAGCACCCCUAACAGUCAGUGGUAUAGCAGCACCUUCUUAGCAAACCGACUGAUGAAUUUUAAUAAAAGAAGAUUUAAACAAGAGUGAUUCUCUCGUAGGAUAUGUGCUACACAAAUUAACUUUGUAGCAUGGACCUUAGAAAACAUCAUGUCUGUUCUUAUGCUGACUCAUCAGGCACACAGUUUGCAGCUUAUUUCAACUGCAGGGUUGUAAGAGCACUUGAAAAAGUGCAAGUUAUAGCACAAGAAACACUGGUCCCUGUCUUGUUUUCAUGCAGCAUGAGGCUGAAUGUAGCAGGAGGCUCUUGAAAUAAAAAAGGACAUUAACUAGCAAAAUAACAGUUGUACAGUUAAUCCUACUGAACUAGAGCAUACAAAAUCUAGGAUGCAUAAUGUACAUUGUUAAAACAGUAUAGUGUUGCUCAUGUUACAAAACAGAUGUUUACUACUUUAAAUACACAUUUCUAAUUUGUAAGCACUAAUAUUGUAAUAUUGCAAAAUCAUAUGAUGAAUGAUGUUAUUCUUUUGUCUGUUUUGUGUACAACACGGAUCUUUUGGUAAAGUUUUGGUAUAUUAUUUAAUACUUUUGGGGAAUAAUGCGUGGUUUGUAUGCAGAGUAUUCUUCUUGUACAGUUAAGAGUUUGUUUUUGUACCAGCAUUACUUUAAAAAGGCAGAGUAAAGGGAAGAAAAUGCCAAAGAUCUCUGUUAAUGUGAACAAGUUCAAAAUAAUUAGUGAGCGAGAAGUGACUGAAAAUCUGUUUUGGAAUUAUGAACACUAUUUAAAAUAAAUAUUUUUGAACAUA